AACAAGAAAAAAAUAAUAUAUCCUUGGAAGGCUUCCCAAGCAGAGGAAAUUUGCGAGUUAAUCAGGUCAUGACAAUGCAGGGAAUUGCUUCCUCAUCCUGGACCUCCACCUCUGCAAAUGGCAGGGCGACUCUGCCACUCUUAGCGGGCUCGGCCAUAUCUAACAAGCACAAAUUAAGCGGCCAGCAGCGUCGGUGGAAAUCUCCAAAUGCCCAGAUGAAUGUGGAGACAGUUUCUUCUCCCAAAGAGUGGACAGCAGUGGUUGAGCAGGGACGAGACAAAUUAGAGAUUUGCAGGGUUAUAAAUGGUAUGUGGCAAACCAGCGGCGGAUGGGGUAAAAUUGAGAGAAACGGUGCGGUGGAAGCCAUGCUUAAAUAUGCUGACAAUGGGUUUACCACUUUUGACAUGGCCGAUCACUACGGCCCAGCAGAGGACUUAUAUGGAAUUUUCAUCAAUAAAGUUAGGAGAGAACGCCCACCUGAAAUGUUGGAAAGUAUUAAAGGGCUCACAAAGUGGGUGCCACCUCCUGGUAAAAUGACUGGAGCUUAUGUUAGAGAUAACAUUGACAUUUCUCGCAAGCGAAUGGAUGUUAAAUCUCUGGACAUGCUUCAAUUUCAUUGGUGGGAUUAUACUAACUCAGAAUAUCUGGAUGCAUUGAAAUUCCUGACUGAUCUAAGGGAAGAAGGUAAAAUCAAGACUUUAGCUUUAACCAAUUUUGAUACAAGGAGAUUACAAAUAAUUUUGGAGAAUGGUAUUCCCAUUGUCAGUAAUCAAGUACAACAUUCUGUAGUGGAUAUGCGACCUCAAAAGAAGAUGGCAGAGCUUUGCCAACUCUCGGGUGUGAAAUUAAUAACCUACGGAACUGUAAUGGGAGGGUUGUUAUCAGAGAAAUUUUUGGAUGCUAACAUAUCAAUCCCUUUUGCCGGCCCUCCACUGAACACUCCUUCCCUUCAAAAAUAUAAGCGAAUGGUUGAUGCCUGGGGUGGAUGGAGUCUUUUUCAAGAGCUAUUGCAGACACUUAAAAGUGUUGCAUUGAAGCAUGCUGUCUCUAUUUCAGCUGUUGCUGUGCGGUACAUACUUGAUCAACCAUCAGUUGCAGGCUCCAUGAUAGGUGUCAGGCUUGGUUUAACUGAACACAUCAGUGCUUUAAAGACUAUAUUUUCUCUUGCUUUGGAUGAAGAAGACAGAGCCAAAAUCUUGACAGUAACUCAGAAGGGAAAGGACCUGCUUAAAGUCAUUGGAGAUUGUGGAGAUGAGUAUAGGCGAGUAUAAUAUAUAAGUUUGACUGGAGAAAACGUUGCAGGUUUUAGGUUUCUAUUGAAUGCUUUCUUUCUAAAAAAUGUACUAAUAAUAAACAUUCUAUAGUUGCAAUUACUUUUUUCUCCAAAAGAAUGAAAGCACUUAAUUCCUCUGUUC